AUGAAAAUAUGUUCUAUUUUCAGAUCUGGGCAUUUUUUAUUUCUGCUUUGUCUUUUCACUGUGGAAGGCAAAAAGUCACCUACAGGAAAGCAUACCUGCCGAAAAGAACUCCUCUCCCAGGUGACAGAGAACCUGUAUAUCAAGGCAACUAGUUUAAAAUCAUCUGUUCCUAAGGAUCUCAUCAAGACCACAAGACUGCUUAAAAAGUCUACGAAAAUGCUGUUUAUGACAAACUGCAGUGUUCGAGAUCAGCUCCUCUCCUUCUAUGUGAAAAAUGUUUUCAGUCGUCUUGAGGUAGGAAGAGACAAGUUGAACAUUAUUAGUGCCUUCCAGGUCCUGCAAGUGAACAUGGAUGCCUGUCUUCCAUGUGCUCCAUCCACAAGGUUAACUUCUGCAGUCAAAAAAUUAAGGAGAAUGUUUUUUAAGCUCGGAGAUAAGGGAAUCUACAAGGCCAUACAUGAGCUGGACAUUCUCCUUCCCUGGAUUCAGGCCUACAUACAAACCAUCGUAUGA